AUGCCCUCGCCUCCACCGCCGAUACCAUCGCCUCCACCACCGACACCAUCGCCGGAUGCAAGAGAUCAUAAGGAAGACUUCUUCGCGCUGCCAGGUUCUCCCGCGACGCCUCAACCUUCGCCAGUAACACCUUCACCAGAAGCAAAACAGCAGAAAGAAGAUUUCUUCGACCUAGCGCCUUCUCCAGGCUCACCUCAUAGGCCUUCACCGCCACCAAGGCCAUCACCGGUCGCAAAACAACAAAAAGAAGACUUCUUUUACCCUCCGCCUUCCCCAAAGUCACCAAAGUCACCAGCGAGACCGUCGCCGCCAAAACCAUUGCCAGAUUUUGAAAGACCACUGAAAGAUCAUAGUGGCAAGCAUCAGAAAGACACUAGUGGAAAGGGUCAGAAGGAUACCAGCGGCAAACACCAAAAAGAUUCUACUGGCAAACGUCCAAAAGAAACCAAAAUAGCAUUCAGGAAACCUCUACAUCCCCAGCGUGGCAGUGACAAAGCUGAGAGGGUCCUAGGGAGUGGUGGAGGUGGUUUAGGUCUUAUACCUGGUUAUGUAGAAGCAGCCCCGCCCACCCCAGCAGGUGCUAGGUAA